AUGACCCGUGACGAGACCCAGAGCGAGGCCCGCUCCGCCCUCGAAGGACCCGAUGGCGACCCCGAAGCGAUCGGGUACGAAAUCCCCUCCUUCCCGCUCGGCACGCGCCGCAAAGUCCGCGUGAUCACGAUCGGAGGCGGCGCCAGCGCCAUCACGAUGGCGUACCAGAUCAAGAAACACGCCGAGAACGUCGACAUGGUUGCGUAUGAGAAGUCCCCCGAGCUCGGCGGGACGUGGUUUGACAACAGGUACCCCGGGUGCGCAUGCGACGUUCCCUCUCACGCGUACCAGUUCAGCUACCAGCCGUACUCGGGCUGGUCGCGGUUCUACUCUGGCUCGCCCGAGAUUUGCGCCUACAUGAACUCGAUCGUGGACGAUCACGGGCUCCGCGACAUGUUCAAGGUCAGCCACGAGGUCGUCGGCGCACACUGGGACGACAAGGCGCAGGAGUGGGUCGUCAAAGUCAAAGGACCCAACGGCGAGUUUGAGGACAGGGCCGAGUUCCUCGUCAACGGGAGCGGUAUUCUCAACAACUGGAAAUGGCCCGACAUCGACGGCAUCGAGUCCUUCAAGGGCAAGCUGAUGCACACGGCGCAGUGGGAUGACAGCUACGACUUUGCGGGGAAGAAGAUCGCCGUGAUCGGCGUCGGUUCCUCUGCGGUGCAGGUCAUUCCCCAGCUGCAGAAGCGUGUCGAGCACAUGACGUGCUUCAUCCGUUCCGGAGCUUGGAUCACGGACGGCGGCGCCGCGGCCAAAUAUGCCGGUCCGAACGGCGCCAACAAGGAUUACACGGACGCGGAGAAGGCACUGUGGGCGGCCGACCCGGAGGAGUUCCUCAAGUACCGCAAGGAGGUCGAACAGGAGGUCAACGCCCGCUACAGGAUGUACCUGAAGGAGGAGGAGCUGCAGAAGCAAGUGCGCGCGUUUGCCGAGCAGCGCAUGACCGAGCGUCUGGCGAAGAAGCCCGAGCUCGCUGCCCUCCUCACGCCAAAGUUUGCCCUGGGGUGCCGCCGUCUCACGCCUGGGAACGGCUUCCUCGAGUCUCUGUGCGAGGACAAUGUGACCGUCGUCUCGAACCCGAUUGCACGGAUCACGGAGAAGGGUCUCGAGACCCGCGACGGCACGCACGUCGACGUGGACGCCAUCGUGUGCGCGACCGGCUUUGACGUCUCCCUCCUGCCCCGCUUCCCCUUCUUUGGGCGCGAGGGUGCCGACCUCCGCAAGCGCUGGAGCGAGGGCUUCGUCGAGGGCUACAUGUCGCUCAUGGUGCCCGACUUCCCGAACUACUUCACGUUCCUCGGGCCCUCGGCGCCCGUCGCGCACGGCUCGCUCACGCAGACAAUCGAGCGCUGCAGUAUCUGGAUGCUGAAGGCGAUCUCCAAGAUGCAGGCCGAGGGCGUGGCGAGCAUCGCCCCCAAGGCAGACAUUACGCGCAAGUUCAACAUCCACCGCAACGCGCUCAUGCCCACUACGUUGUGGAGCAGCUCCUGCUCGUCCUGGUACAAGAACGGAAAGGCGAAUGGGCCCGUCAUGGCCAUCCAUCCCGGAAGUAAGCUGCACUUCUUCGAGAUGAUCCGCGAGCCGCGCUUUGAGGACAUGGAGAUCGAGUAUAUCGGCGACAACCCUUUCGCGUAUCUCGGUAACGGGUUCUCGCUCGUCGAGCUCGAGGACGACUGCGACCACUCGUGGUACGUGUCCAAGCCGUGGGACGGGGCGCUCCCGUACGACAGGCCGAAGAAGCCGGUCGAGGACGCCGAUAAGCAGGCCCAAAAGGCAGUUGUAGUAGUUACGAAUCGAUCUUGGGGCUCGAGGGGUCGAUGGCCGUGCAGCUCUCGCGGCCUCGCAGUCGUCAGAGCCGCCGGUGUCGCCGAGGCUAAUACGCCCGCCGCUGAACACGUUUGUGUCGUCGUCAACGCUAGGCUCGAUCCCCGUCACGCCGUGCCAGAUCCAUCCCGAAUGGACAAGCGGCGACUUCAAGUUGGUCUCGAACGAUCACUGGGUAUUCAUGGUGCCGAUGUAUCUGCUUCAGACAUGGUCGUGAAAACCGGCACGGGCAAGAUGGAGGUGCAGCUCGACGACAGCAGUGUGACGCUGCACUACUUUCUCUGGUUCAUAACGCGGGUGGAGCUGUUCGACGUGCCCGACGCCGAGACGCUGCUCGACCUCGGCCUCUUCAUGAACAAGUACAACUGUCCCCUCGCGUACAAGCUGUACAUUGACAAGGUGCGCGCCGUCAUCGACAACUGCGAGCUGGCACCGUACCAGCUGUUCCAGCUCGGCGCUGGGCUGCGCAAUGCCAGCUUCUGCUGCCGUGCCAUACAACAGUCCGGUCCCGGGGGCAAGUGCCCGAAACCCCGCCCCGAUCACCUCUAUCACGAGUGCACAGUCAGCCCUCACUGCUUCCCGAAGAAGGCGGGCAUGGGACUGCCCAAGGCAUACCUCUGGGCGCUGGCGCUCGCGGACGUGCCGGAGAUCACGGUAGAUUGGGAUCCGGAUGUCGAUGACGAGGACGAUGCAAGACCAAUGACGAAGAGGUCGUACCGGAGAACACUGCUUCAGAUGGCAGGGUGGAACUUUCUCAAGGCGCUGAAGGAGACGGACGCCAUCGACGAGUAG